AUGUUGCUCUGUGAGAAUGUUUUGUACACCAAGGCGGCACGUGGAAAGUUAUGUAAAGCUCUGGUGCUCAGACUUGUGACCAAUCCACUCGUCAUCCAGUUUGCUAAGAAUGCCGGCUUUGACGUCCUAUGGAUCGAGAUGGAGCACUCGACCUACUCCAUCACAGAAGCAAGCAUCCUUUCAAGUGCGGGGAUGAUGGCUGGCUUGACUCCCAUAGUCCGUGUACCGUACCAGUGUGGAAUGGGGUUCGUGCAGCAGGUUCUCGAUUCUGGUGCUCUAGCAGUCGUCUUCCCGCAUAUCUCCACCGCCGCAGAUGCCAAGGCAGCUGUUAAGAUGUGCAAGUUCCCGCCGUUGGGAAAGCGUUCGCUAUGGCUUCAGCAGGCUGCCGUGGGUCUGAAGACGAUGCCGAUGGAGCAGAUGGCUUCUGAGAUCAAUGCAGAAGCGUCGGCAGUGGGGCUGAUGAUUGAGUCUGCCGACAGUAUUCCGAAUGUCGACGCCAUCGCGGCAGUUGAAGGCGUUGACUUGCUCAUCGUCGGCUGCAUUGAUUUGUCCACUGACAUGGGUAUGCCGGGCACGAUCGAUGCACCUGAAUUCAGAGCUGCUUUAAUGGCCGUUAGUGAAGCUUGUCGCAGCCACAACAAGAUUUUUGGGCUGGCUGGUAACUACAAAAAUCUCCAAUUCCUGGAUUGGGCUGUCAACACAUUAGGAGCGCGCUUGAUUCUGGGCCAAGUAGACUCGAACAUCAUCUCUGUUGGGGCAGCAGAGUGUGUGCAGAACUUGAACACCAUUGAUCGAACCGCUGUGUCUAAUAAUGGAUCUCCUUCCAAUGGAUUCUUGUCCAACGGAGGCGUGUUGAAGGUUGCUUCAAACGGAUUUGUGUCAAACGGAGUGUCAAAGGGAGGCGUGCCGAAGGCUGUAUCGAAAGGAGGGGUGUCAAACGGAAAACCAGGAAUAUCUUUGGAUGUAUCCUUCACGUAA